AUGUCGUCCGAGUACCUGGGGUGGACGGAGCGCAAGCCUUUGGCGUCGAGCCGAUCCGUCUCCAGCUUCGACCGCGACAUGAUUCCGGGCGGUCCGCAGACCAAAAGCUACGAGAGCUACGUCAAGAACAUUUUCCAUCCCAUGAAUCGUCUACGCACAAAGGUUGUCCAAUCUUCUCUUUACCAUCCUUUACUACCGUAAAUUUUCGAAAUAUGUCGGAAAUUUCCGAGUUCGACACGAAAAUUCAUUAUGAAACUUUUCCCAUUUUUCAAAGGUCUAAGUACCCAUUUUUGAACAUUUAGAACGUAUCAUUUAAAAAACUCAGUUUCAGAAAGUUUCAAAACAAAUAUUUUGAAAAAAGUUGUCUGUUGAGUCCAUUUCGGUUUUCGUUCAAGUAUACGGUACACCAUCCCUUUCGUCUUCAACUAGUUAGAUUGAUUUUUCUCUCAUUUCUUUCUCGGAGCGGUUGGACCUUUUAAGACAUUUUGCCUAAAAUUUAAGAAAAAAAACCAUUGAAAUUCGUUAUUCAUCUUUUUUGAUUCGUAAAUUUUCAAAGUUCAUCCCAAUAUGUUAUAAACUAUGCUUAGGACAAAGAUCAACUCAUCCGAGAUCAUGGUCUUUCGGCGAGUUCAAUUUUGAAAAUGGAGAAUCAACUUGGUCGAGCCGUCAUCGACGACUCCUACGAUGACAGCCACUACUUUGACAAAACUCCGCUCGAAUCGCUUUACCAAGAGCUGGGAAUCAGAAACACCGAGGUCAGUCGGUCCAUUUUCUCUUGACAGAGUCCGUUUGCAGCCCACCAGCUAUCGUAAUUUCCCGGUCUACGAGCCCAAGCAGUCCUCGGAAUACUUUGCCACGUCCUACGAAGCAGAAAGAGAGAGACGUCGCAAGACAAAGACCGAGGAGGGCACCAAGCUCGACGACACGGAUCUCGGCGACGGCUGGGUUCCGCCGUCGAGCCGCGUCACAUCUUCUUACAACGACAAUUACCGUGUAAUAGUCUCUUUUUUAUGAAUUAAAGGAAUUCCAGUACAUCCAUUUAGAUAUUAAAUCCACAAUUUUGAUCUUCUUAUUAUUGUUAAUAACUUUGUCAAGAGGGCUCACAGUAAAACGAGCAUCUCUUUCAAAGUUUGAGUUCGAGUUGGAACUUUCUUCAGCCUUCUUCCCACUCCACGUACCGCAGCCGAGCCGACGACGAGUACUCGAAAAACAAUACGAAAACUCUUAUUGAUUACAAAGAAUUCAACAGGUUUGUGAAUCUUCUUUUCGGUUACGAAUACAUUUCGCAGCUCCCCUUUGUCGCCUUAUCUCUACCAAUUCCAUCCUUACGUCCGAAGCCAAGACUCUCGGAUUGUAGGUUCCAAUUUUGUCCAGGUUGUUCAUUUUUUUCAUAUUUUUCUCGCUAACAAUAAGUUUCAGCUGACGUCUAGGCCAAAAGAUGCUUUUUUGCAAAAAAUCGACGCGACGCUGGCAAUGGUUCGCGACAUGCCUCGGUAUUGAAAUUGAUUUGAGUUCGAUUUAUCCCGAUGAGUUUUUUUCUUUCUUUGGCAUUUGAAAUGAAUCAAUGUACAAUUGCUUCCACUUUCACACCGAUAACUGUCCGAGUUGAAACUUGUUGGAACUUGCUCAAUUAGGAGUGUCUAAGAGUUUUGAGAAGAAAAAGACAUACCUUAGGCUCUUGGAAUCCCAAAACUGAGUGGACGAAGAAAAAUAGGAAAGAGGCCAGCAGAAAACGCAUCGGAACUCACGGACGGAGGUGAUUCAUAACACGGUCGUCUCGUUUUUUUUUUUUUUGCUUUUCUAGCUCUUCUGAAAUGUUUUAACUUUUCUUCAAUGAGAAGUGCUUUCAAGACAAACAACACACGAGAGAGAGAGAGAGAGAGAGCAGAAACUGACAAUUUUUGAGAGCAAUAUGUUGGAAUAAGAUAUAAGUGGAAGGAUUUUGACAAACACAGCUUGAGACCAGCUUGAUAAAUCCAUGAGGCAAAAAAAGGAGUUUGAGACAGUUAAUCUGUAGAAUGUGUUUCCCUUCUCAAGAAUAUCAUUGAUAUCGUAACUCAUGUGCCAUCAAAGCGCGUAACUUCAUUUUCGCACCGUGAACGGAAAAGUGGCUGGACUGAACAGUAAAGUUGAGAAAAGUUGCAUGUAUUGUGGGGCGGCGGCAAGAAGAAGAGCAAGCCGGGCAUUACAAGGAAGAAAACGACGAUGAUUGCGCUCAGUCACAGUGCAAACAAUGAUUAUCGAUUGGGAAGGCCGUGCGGCAAAGCAAAAGACAGCUAAGAGGCGUGAAAAACAGCGAUCUGACCGAGAUUUGUUUUCUUUUGGACAUUUUCGCACGGUUCGCGACAAAAAGAAGGACCGCAGGGGUCGUUUAUCACUGGAAAUCGGAGGUUUCGCUCUGCUUCGACGCCUUUUCCAUCAUCCUGUCCGCUCGAAUUGUUACAGGCUUCUUUCUUUUCUCCGAUGCUUUUCCGCUUUUGCGAUUCCAAACUUAUUCCAAAAUAGAACUGAAGAAUAUCUCACUAAAUCCGAGUGCAUACUUAAACAUGUACUUGACUUUUUGAUUCAAAUUAAUCAGCUUCUCCGUCUGCAGAUUGGUUUGUCACCCCUUCAUAUACGUGUAUACUUCACCUACUGCUGGAUGAGAGAUAAAUCUCAAUGAGAGCCAUCAUUGGAAGACAGUGCAAAAGGAAAGGUUCAGAUAAACUGUUGUAAAUUUUCUCAAUUUUUCCCUGCAUAAAGUAUUUUCGAGUUUGUCGAUCAAAGAAGUUUUUUUUCGAGGAAAUUCACAACAAAAAGUUCUAAAAUUAAUUUAACGCGCAAUUGUGAAUACAUCCUGAGAUACUGAAGACCGUUCAAAAAGGCAAAAAAACUUUUCCGGACUUGGAAUGAAUCUGAAAUCAGCCUUUCUCUAUUAAUUCCAUCAAAAGGCGCCAAAGAAGAGGGAGCGCAAAGAAAAAAAAAAGAAAGACUUUGAAGAAGAAAUCACCAAAAAAAAGGUGCUGAAAAUUGACUGAGAAGAUUGAAGCUCGAAAAACAUGUCAUUUGGGGGGUAUGAAUAUGGCGUGUGGUGCAAUAAUCAUAUCCAAUUGAGACUUGACGCAGAGGGCGACGAAAAAAAAAGGCUGGAGCCGACAUUCUGGGAAGCACGCAGCUAGGCGUGCGGGAAGAAAAAUGAAAACACGAGGUGAAUUUCGGAUGAACGGCAGACAGCAAGUGCGACAGUGGAGGACGAGUCGGCGGCUUCUUGCGGGCGUCGUUAAGACACCUCCAAUUAGCCAGGCCGUCGACGACUGUCUUCCGUCGCUCAGACUUCCACUAGCGAACAUUUUUUCUCAGCUUUCGAACUGA